GAACAUUUCAACUACUACUCGGUGGACGCGGCCCUGGGGCACCUGGUUUUCUCGCUCAAGUACGACGUGAUCGGCGACCAGGAGCAUUUGCGCCUGCUCCUGCGAACUAAGAGCCGUUCGUAUCACGAUGUCAUCCCCAUUUCCUGCCUGACGGAGUUCCCCAACGUGGUUCAGAUGGCCAAGCUGGUCUGUGAAGAUGUCAACGUGGACCGUUUCUACCCUGUCCUGUAUCCCAAGGCCUCCCGCCUGAUCGUCACCUUCGACGAACACGUCAUCAGCAAUAACUUCAAAUUUGGGGUGAUUUACCAGAAACUUGGCCAGACGUCAGAAGAGGAGCUGUUCAGCACCACGGAGGAAAGUCCGGCCUUUGUGGAGUUUCUGGACUUCCUGGGCGAAAAGGUGAAACUGCAGGACUUCAAGGGGUUCCGGGGCGGCCUGGAUGUGACCCAUGGCCAGACAGGCACCGAGUCCGUCUACUGCAACUUCCGAAACAAGGAGAUCAUGUUCCACAUCUCCACCAAGCUGCCCUACACCGAAGGGGACGCACAGCAGCUCCAGCGGAAGCGCCACAUCGGCAACGACAUCGUGGCCAUUGUCUUCCAGGACGAGAACACCCCCUUCGUGCCGGACAUGAUCGCCUCCAACUUCCUGCACGCCUACGUGGUGGUGCAGGCCGAGAACGCCUGUUCGGACAAGACCCUCUACAAGGUCUCGGUCACGGCCCGGGAUGACGUCCCUUUCUUCGGCCCCCCGCUGCCCAACCCCGCCGUUUUCCAGAAGGGGCCGGACUUCCAGGCGUUCCUUUUGACCAAGCUGAUCAACGCAGAAUACGCCUGCUACAAAGCGGAGAAGUUUGCCAAACUGGAA